AUGGGAAAUUUGCAGGGACGGCACGCGGAACAGUCUAUCAUGAGUCCGCUAAGUACGAAGGUAUUACUGUGCAUUGUACUCUGUUUGUCAAUAUGUCAAUAUACUCAAAGCCUGUACUUGGGAAGCGAAUCUGGAAACGUCACAUGCGACAAUCCCAACGAUGCCAUCGUUCUUGACGCGAAUAAUGAUGAAGCAAUAACUAACAUAACAGAGGGAUCCACAACUGCGUUAAAGUCCCCAAGCUUUCCAUACAUGGUAAUAGUGCACCAAAUGUUGGACGGCAAAUAUUCGAGGAGACUGUGCAUCGGCACAAUCUUAUCCAAAAGAUGGGUUCUCACAGCCGCCCAUUGCGUCGAAAAAAACCCCGGAACACUUUUCGUAGAUUUCGACGUUGACGAGAUUGGAGAAAAACACAUUUUUACUCGAGUUGUCUUGUUCGAUAUCAUCGACAAGUAUGGAAUUGGUCACAGUCUUCUUCGAUUCCUCGGUGUGCUGAUGAUUCCGACUCAAGCGUUUAUACAUCCGCAAUACGCAAAGGGCUACAAUGAUAUUGCCUUACUCUAUAUGCCACAAGAUAUUCCCUUUUCCAAUCAUAUUCAGCCAGUAAAACUCGCAUAUUACGAAAGCUUUGUGAACAAAGAUGCGUAUGUGGUCGGUUGGAGAGAUAACAUGGCUAGCGAAAGUAUGAAACUUAAGUACGCCACGUUGUCGAUUCUAGAAAAUAAUGUAUGCAGAGAAUACUGGCCCAUCAACGACAAGCACAUUUGCACGGCCGCAGAUUUCGGACAAUUCUUUUGUCCCCAAUGUGGAACAUUAGAUUGUGCUCUCGAAAUAAACAGCAGUCCUCUAAUCGUAAGAAAAAAUGGCCAGGACUUUCAAAUAGGUAUUAUGAGUUACGGAGAUCAAUCUUGUCCUGACAACUUACCACGAGUGUAUACUAAGAUAAUACACAACCGAAGGAAAAUAUCGGAUCCUGCAAGCACCGAAUCCAGUAAAUCUAAGAUUGUUGCACAUGACAAUGAUGUGGCCGCGAAGUCGCCCUUAAUUGACGUCAAACAUCCUACAACCAUCGACUCGUUACUUCCAGAACACGAGCCUACCGAUACUAAUCGUAAAG